AUGGCGUUAGGUGGAAAAACCUAUCACAAUGGUCAUCCAUGUUAUGACCAUCUGGGUCCUUGUAUUUCUCUAAGGUCAUCUAUCAUAUUUGUACCACUGCAUCUCUUGUUUGAAGCACUCAAGGCUCUUAUUUUGGAGAAAAUGGGGAAGCCUGAUGAAGCACUUAGUGUUUGUCUAAAUGCCAAGGAGCUGUUACAUUCAGAUAAUGUUGUUCACACUGAUGACCUCACUCUCAGCACUUUACAGAUUGUUUUCCAUCAGCUCAAUUGCUUGGAUUUGGCUACUUCUUGCUAUGAGCAUGCUUGUGGAAAAUAUCCAAACAACUUGGAAAUAAUGAUGGGUCUUUUCAACUGUUAUGUUCAUGAGUACUCAUUCGUGAAACAACAACAGAUAGCAAUCAAAAUGUACAAAAUUGUGGGAGAAGAAAGGUUUUUGCUCUGGGCAGUUUGCAGCAUACAAUUACAGGUAUUAUGUGGCAGUGGGGAUGAGAAACUAUUGUCGUUAGCUGAGGGUUUACUUAAGAGGCACAUAUCUUCACAUAGUUUGCAUGAGCCAGAAGCUCUUGUUAUGUAUAUCUCGAUAUUGGAACAACAAGCAAAGUAUGAAGCUGCUUUGGAAGUUCUUUCUGGUGAUUUGGGAUCUCUUAUAACAAUAGAGGAGGACAAGUUACGCAUGCAGGGGAGGCUUCUUGCUCGUGCAAGUAACUAUGCUGCUGCUGCUGAGAUUUUCCAGAAAGCCCUAGAGUCAUUUCCUGAUGAUUGGGAGUCUUUCCUCCAUUAUUUAGGCUGUUUGCUUGAGGAUGAUAUGUACUGGUCCAAAGCAAGCACUGCUGAUCAAAUAUGUACAUUUGGUUCUAUUGAUUUUCAAGUUUGUGAGGCAACUCAUUUAACCGAGGAAGUGUUUUAUUCACACAUAUCAAGGGCAUUGUUAUUUGUACAAAUGUUACAAAUGGACAUCCAGAAUGAUUACAUUAGAGGUCCUUUCUUGGCAAUUAUUGAAAUUGAAAGAAGGCGCCGUCUGCAUGGAAAAGCUGAUGAUGGCAAAUUUAUGGAGGCUUGGCUUAAUUAUUUUCACAGGUUGGUAGAUCCUAUUCAAAUCGAGCAAAUCUAUCAUUAUGGUAUGCUAUUCUGGCGUACAAAGAAGCUGGGAUAUUUGCUGGAAGCAACUAUGGUUUUGGAAUUUGGCCUGAAUAUCCGAAGAGACGUCUGGCAGUACAAGGUACCUUUGCUGCAUUUGUAUUCUCACAUGGGAGCUCUUCCAUUAGCAUAUGAAUGGUAUGUUACUCUUGAGCUGAAAAAUAUUCAACUGGAGACGGACUCCCACCACAUCUUGACCCACAUGUUGAAAUCACCACAUUGGCAGGAAACUGCUGAUCUUCUGAAAGAGUAUUUGAAGUUUAUGGAUGAUCAUUUGAGAGAAGCUGCUGAUCUUACCUUUCUUGCAUAUCGCCAUCGUAAUUAUUCAAAAGUAAUUGAGUUUGUUAAAUUCAAAAAGCACUUACAACACUCAGGUCAGCUUUUGAUGGCACGGCUUGAAGCUUUUAUCCUACAAUUGAAGCAGAAAGCAGAUAAUCUUGAAGAAGUAGAGGGCAUUCUUGAAAAUGUAAACUAUGGUAUUCAAUUGCUUGAGCUGUCAAAUGAGGAUAAACUGAAAUCCUUGACAUUCAAUGGAUAUCUCCAGGGACGGCCUUGGUGGUCCCCUACUCCUGAUAUAGAUUACCUUUCAGAACCAUUUGAAGAAGGAUCUGCAUGCCUCAGAGAAAAAUCGGUAAACCAUGAUUAUGCUCCAUAG